CUCACCAGUACAGUCUGAUGGGGUGGCUGGACGGGAGCAGCUUUUGGCUCAGCAAAGAAUGCACAGUAUGAUCAGCUCAGUGGAUGUGAAAUCAGAGGUUCCUGUGGGCCUGGAGCCCAUCUCACCUUUAGACCUAAGGACAGACCUGAGGAUGAUGAUGCCGGUGGUAGACCCUGUGGUUCGUGAGAAACAACUACAGCAGGAGUUGCUCCUCAUUCAGCAACAGCAACAGAUCCAGAAGCAGCUCCUAAUUGCAGAAUUUCAGAAACAGCAUGAGAACUUGACACGCCAGCAUCAAGCUCAGCUUCAGGAGCAUAUCAAGUUGCAACAGGAACUUCUAGCCAUAAAACAGCAACAAGAACUCCUAGAAAAGGAGCAGAAACUGGAGCAACAGAGACAAGAACAGGAAGUUGAAAGGCAUCGCAGAGAACAGCUUCCUCCUCUCAGACCCAAAGACAGAGGACGAGAAAGGGCAGUGGCAAGUACAGAAGUAAAGCAGAAGCUUCAAGAAUUCCUGUUGAGUAAAUCAGCAACAAAAGACACUCCAACUAAUGGAAAAAAUCAUUCCGUGAGCCGCCAUCCCAAGCUCUGGUACACGGCUGCCCACCACACAUCUUUGGAUCAAAGCUCUCCUCCCCUGAGUGGAACAUCUCCAUCUUACAAAUACACUUUACCAGGAGCACAAGACGGAAAGGAUGAUUUCCCCCUUCGAAAAACUGCCUCUGAGCCCAACUUGAAGGUGCGGUCCAGGUUAAAACAGAAAGUGGCUGAGAGGAGAAGCAGUCCCUUACUCAGGCGGAAGGAUGGAAAUGCUGUCACUUCAUUCAAGAAGCGAAUGUUUGAGGUGACAGAAUCAUCAGUCAGUAGCAGUUCUCCAGGAUCUGGUCCCAGCUCACCAAACAAUGGGCCAACUGGUAAUGUUACUGAAAAUGAUACUUCAGUUUUGCCACCUACUACUCCUCAUGCUGAGCAGAUGAUUUCCCAGCGCAUUCUAAUUCAUGAAGACUCCAUGAACCUCCUAAGUCUUUAUACCUCGCCCUCUUUGCCCAACAUUACUCUGGGACUCCCAGCAGUGCCCGCCCCACUCAAUGCUUCAAGUUCACUCAAAGAAAAACAGAAGUGUGAGAGCCAAGCACUCCGGCAAGGCGUCUCUCUGCCUGGACAGUAUGGGGGCAGCAUCUCAACAUCCACUAGCCAUCCCCAUGUGGCUCUUGAGGGGAAGCCCAACAGCAGCCACCAAGCACUCCUGCAGCAUUUAUUAUUGAAAGAACAAAUGAGACAGCAAAAGCUUCUCGUGGCUGGUGGCGUUUCUUUACAUCCACAAUCUCCCUUGGCAGCAAAAGAGAGAAUGUCACCUGGCAUAAGAGGCUCACACAAAUUACCCCGUCACAGACCUCUGAAUCGAACCCAGUCUGCACCUUUGCCUCAGAGCACAUUGGCUCAGUUGGUAAUUCAACAGCAGCACCAGCAAUUCUUGGAGAAGCAGAAGCAAUACCAGCAGCAGAUACACAUGAACAAACUGCUUUCACAAUCCAUUGAACAACUGAAGCAACCAGGCAGUCACCUGGAGGAAGCGGAGGAAGAGCUUCAGGGCGAACAGGCAAUGCAGGAAGACAGAGCACCCUCUAGUGGCAACAGCACUAGAAGUGACAGCAGUGCCUGUGUGGAUGACACACUGGAACAAGUUGGGGCUGUGAAGGUCAAGGAAGAACCAGUGGACAGUGAUGAAGAUGCUCAGAUCCAGGAAAUGGAAUCUGGGGAGCAGGCUGCUUUUAUGCAACAGCCUCCGUUCCUGGAAACCCCUCACACACGUGCCCUGUCAUUGUGCCAAACUCCCCGGGCUCUGGCUGGUUUGGAUGGAUCAGAGAAACAGGGGCUCCUCUCCAGAAUGCUCUCCUCCCACGCUGCCUCUGUUGUACCUCACCCAGCGUUGGACCACCCCCUCCAGCCUGGCUCUGCAACUGGUAUUGUUUACGACCCUCUGAUGCUGAAACAUCAAUGCAUUUGUGGCAAUUCCACCACCCACCCAGAACAUGCUGGAAGAAUACAGAGCAUCUGGUCACGGCUGCAAGAAACUGGGCUUCUAAAUAAAUGUGAGCAAAUACAAGGUCGAAAAGCCAGUCUGGAGGAAAUACAGCUUGUUCAUUCAGAACAUCACUCACGACUGUAUGGCACUGAGGCCCUGGAUGAAGAGAAACAAGAGCGGACACUCCUAGGAGAUGCUUCUCAAAGUGUUUUUUCUUCAUUACCUUGUGGUGGACUUGGGGUGGACAGUGACACUAUUUGGAAUGAACUGCAUUCGUCCGGCGCUGCACGCAUGGCUGUUGGCUGUGUCAUCGAGCUGGCUUCCAAAGUGGCCUCAGGAGAGCUGAAGAAUGGGUUUGCUAUUGUGAGACCCCCUGGCCAUCACGCUGAGGAAUCCACUGCCAUGGGGUUCUGCUUUUUUAAUUCAGUUGCAAUUACCGCCAAAUACUUGAGAGACCAACUAAAUAUAAGCAAGAUAUUGAUUGUAGAUAUGGAUGUUCACCAUGGAAACGGUACACAGCAGGCCUUUUAUGCUGACCCCAGCAUCCUGUAUAUUUCUCUCCAUCGCUAUGAUGAAGGGAACUUUUUCCCUGGCAGUGGAGCCCCAAAUGAGGUUGGAACAGGCCCGGGAGAGGGAUACAAUAUAAAUAUUGCCUGGACAGGUGGCCUUGACCCCCCCAUAGGAGAUAUUGAAUAUCUUGAAGCAUUCAGGACUGUGGUGACACCUGUAGCCAAAGAGUUUGAUCCAGACCUGGUCCUAGUUUCCGCUGGAUUUGACGCAUUAGAAGGCCAUGCCCCUCCAUUGGGAGGGUACAAAGUGACAGCAAAGUGUUUUGGCCAUUUGAUGAAGCAACUGAUGACACUGGCUGAUGGGCACAUUGUGUUGGCACUGGAAGGAGGACAUGACCUCACAGCCAUCUGUGAUGCAUCAGAAGCCUGUGUGAAUGUCCUUCUAGGAAACAAGCUGGAACCACUUGCAGAAGAUAUUCUCCACCAAACCCCGAAUCUGAAUGCUGUUAUUUCUUUACAGAAGAUCAUUGAAAUUCAAAGCAAGUAUUGGAAGUCAGUGAGGAGAGUGACUCUGCCAAGAGGUUGUGCUCUGGCUGGGGCUCAAUUGCAAGAGGAGACAGAAACCGUUUCUGCCCUGGCCUCCCUGACUGUGGGUGUGGAACAGCCCUUCGCCCAAGAAGAUAGAAGAACUGCUGGAGAACCUAUGGAAGAGGAUCCAGCCUUGUGAAGUGCCCAGUUCCCCCACAAACCCACUCCCGAUAUUUCCUGUGUGUGACAUCAUUG